GGGAGGCUGCUCAGGCAGCAGUACUGCUGGUGAUCAGAGCAGAACUCUCCACACCAUCCAUGGUGUUCUCAUGGCUAUCCUCAUGGCUCCCUGUGAGCCUCCCAAGGCUGUGGUUGUGUCCAACUGCUCUGGUCCUGGCCCUGGGUCUUCUCCAGCUGACCCAGCUGCUGGCCAGGAGGCAGAAACUGCUCCGAGCUCUGGACAGCUUCCCUGGGCCACCUAUACAUUGGCUUUUUGGGCUUGCCAAAGAGAUCAAAGAGGGAGGAGGCCUGGACAAGAUGAUAUCAUGGGCCAACACUUACCCCUCUGCCCACCCUCUGUGGUUUGGGAGAUUUGUUGGUUUUCUGAACAUCUAUGACCCUGACUAUGCCAAGGCUGUGUACAGCCGAGGAGACCCUAAGGCCUGGGAUGUAUACGGUUUCUUCAUACCUUGGAUUGGUAAUGGGCUGCUGGUCCUGGAUGGGCCCAAGUGGUUCCAACACCGGAAAUUGCUCACGCCUGCCUUCCACAAUGAGGUGCUGAAGCCUUAUGUGAGCCUGUUUGCAGAGUCCACCCAUGCCAUGCUGGACAAGUGGAAGGAGAAGGUUUGUGUGAAUAUGUGUGUGGAGAUCUUCAAUGAUGUGGGCUUCAUGGCUCUGGACACCCUGAUGAAAUGCAUCUUUGGGAAGACACACAAAGGCCAAACACAGAGUGACACUGACUAUUACCUGGCUAUUACCAACCUCACCCUGCUGAUGCAAGAACGAAUCCAGACCUUCCAGUACCAUAAUGACUUCCUCUACUGGCUGACACCCCAUGGGCGUAACUUUCUGAGGGCCUGCAAGAUUGCCCACAACCACACAGACAAAGUGAUUAGGGAAAGAAAAGCUGCCCUGAAGGGGGAGGAGCUGGAGAAGAUACAGAAGAAGAGACAUUUGGACUUCCUGGACAUUCUCCUUGGAGUCAAGGAUGAGAACAAGACCAGCCUGUCAGACACGGACCUACGGGCUGAGGUGGACACGUUCAUGUUUGAAGGCCAUGACACCACCACCAGCAGCAUCUCCUGGUUUCUGUACUGCAUGGCCCUCUACCCAGAGCACCAGCACCGCUGUCGGAAGGAGAUCCAGGAAAUCCUACAGGGUCGUGACACUAUCCAGUGGGAAGACCUGGCGAAAAUGACCUACCUCACCUAUUGCAUCAAAGAGAGUUUCCGCCUAUAUCCCACCGUGCCCCAGAUCUACCGCCAGCUCAGCAAACCUGUUACCUUCACCGAUGGGAGGUCAUUGCCUGAAGGAAGCCUGGUUUCCUUGCACAUUUAUGCUCUCCACAGGAACCACACUGUUUGGACUGAUCCUGAGGUAUUUGACCCCCAGCGUUUCACUCCCGAGAAUUCCUCAGGACGCCAUCCCUUUGCCUUCAUGCCCUUCUCGGCUGGGCCCAGGAACUGCAUUGGGCAGCAGUUUGCCAUGACAGAGAUGAAGGUGGUCACAGCCCUCUGCCUGUUACACUUUGAAUUCUCCCCAGACCCCACUCAGCCUCCCAUCAAGCAGCUACAGCUGACUCUGCGUUCCAAGAAUGGCAUUCACCUCAACCUGAAGAGGCUGACCUAGUGAUGGAGACCAGAGCACCAUCCUGCACCUACAAAGGGAAAUUUGGGGCAGGUGGCUGGUGAAGCAAAGGCAUGGUUCCUGCCCACCCAUCUCUACCCCAUAGGAACUCACCAGAGCAGAAAGAAAGACAGACAUAGGAAUUUAAGAGAAUAUAUGUUGAGGGCAUAUAUGCAUUAAUGAAAGGGUUAGAGGUCAUUCAGAGCACUUAGGAAAGGAAGUAUAGGAAUAGUGGGGAGCUUUGGGGUCUUUAAGGAGGUAUACUAGCUAGAUCUAUAUAUACUAUAUGUUUUUCAAUUUUUAACAUUUUUAUUUAAAAUUUUGAGUUCUAAAUUUUCUCUCUCCCUCUC